GGUGCGCUUUGCGUUGCCAGUAAAGUUGCCUGAUCCGUCAGCAGGCGAACCCUGCGCCACUAACAUCCACCCGAACCAGAGGAGAAGCAGAGGAGGGAAAAUGCAUGAUAAAAGAUGUCACAGCUGAGAUUCCUCUCAGGUGGAUAAACAGAUAGGUACAUGAAACAAACGCGGGCAGGAAGGGUGAGAUGCUGUCAAACCAGGAACCAAACCGGGAAGCGAAAGAGGACAACGCUGUGAGGGCGGAUCUCCUGCGAGACUUCAGACCAUCUCGGCGCUCCGUGAGGGCGAGACGGGGAUAAGGAGAACAAGAACCGGAGAGGAGGGGGAAAAAAUGCUCAAAGUUUGGCCGUGUCGUCUGGAAGUGCGACCCUGCAAAGCGACCGUCCCGCAACAGCUGAAGGAAAUGAGCAUGAAUUGAACGAAGAAUGCAUGUCGUUUGGGAUAUAUCUGUGAUUUUACAAGCAUAUAUCAUCUGCACGUCAUCAGCUCAGCCUAUUACAUCCAAGCUUGAUGAGGGUUGGUGGGCGUAUAAGGACGUUGUCCAGGAGAGCUUUGUUCCAGUCCCAUCCUUCUGGGGUUUGGUGAACUCAGCCUGGAACCUGUGCACCAUAGGGAAGAGACAGUCUCCCAUCGACAUUGAAACCAGUCACUUGAUCUUUGACCCCUACCUGACCCCUCUGCGGCUCAACACGGCUGGACGCAAGAUGGGAGGCACCAUGUACAACACAGGGAAGCAUGUGUCCCUGCGGCCGGACAAAGCCCACCUGGUGAACAUCUCGGGGGGUCCGCUGGGAUACAGCUACCGGCUGGAGGAGGUCCGCCUCCACUUCGGGAGCGAGGACUCCCAGGGAUCAGAGCACCUCCUCAAUGGACAGGGCUUUCCUGGAGAGGUCCAGCUGAUCCAUUACAACCAGGAUCUGUACGCCAACUUCAGCGAGGCAACGAAGAGCCCUCAUGGCAUCGCUGUGGUCUCCAUAUUCAUAAAGCUCUCUGAAAACUCCAACGCCUUCCUCAACCGCAUGCUCAAUAGAGACACAAUCACCAGAAUCAACUACAAACAUGAUGCGUUCCUAUUGAUGGGCCUGAACAUAGCCGACCUUUACCCUGACACCACACGUUACAUCACUUACGAGGGCUCCAUCACCAUCCCGCCCUGCUAUGAGACGUCCACGUGGAUCCUCAUCAACAAGCCCAUCUACGUGACACAGAUGCAGAUGCACUCCCUGCGCCUCCUCAGCCAGAAUGAGCCCUACAAGAUCUUCAUGAGCAUGAGCGACAACACCCGGCCCACCCAGCCUCUGCUGCAGCGCUGCAUCCGAACCAAUAUCAACUUCAGCAAGCAGGGUCGCGACUGCCCCAAUAACCGCGCCCUCCGCCCACAGUACAGAGUGAAUCAGUGGCUCCUGAAGUAGGAGAUAAAAAGAUGUCAAGCUGCAGCGCCGCGAGACGAGAGGCAGGAUGCAUCUGAGUUUAUUUCACACUGUCGAUCCAAGCUGAGCUGAACAAGUGGGAGCUGGACUGAGUGCUGUUGAGCUGAGAGACAACUGACAGACAACUUAACCAAACUGAUCUCAGCUAAAGCUCCACUGGCCAAACUCCAGACAAUCUGCUGUGUUGGCCUCCUACACAUCCACAACCUAAACACAGUUCAUGCAGGCCAGCACAGUGAGGACACAGAUCAGACUUUGAGUCCAAAGUGUGAAAUAGACCAUGAGGACUCUGAUGUGUACAUGGUAUUGUGUUUUUAUUUGUUGUGUGAACUCACAAAGACUGGAGAUGUAAAGACUCUCAAUCAUUUUUGUUGGCUGGUGUUCAGGAGGAUGGAUGUUAUCUAAAGACUACAGUACAUCCUGUUUGUUGGUGUGACCAUCACUUGUCCAUAUUCAAAUCCUUGCUGCAAGUCAAUAAUGAAAAUGAUCAUCCUCUGAUUGGAGGAAUUAUUACAGUUCCACUGAUGGUCUGAAGGCCUGGCAACACACAAACACACAACUGUGUGAUGAUGUGAUGAUAUAAUAUGUGACAUAUGUAGAUCUUAUGGUUCUGGUAUAAAAUCAUUUAUAAGAUCAUUUUCAAAUAGAAUAUAAAAUGUGUGAAUUUCAGAUUACAUAGCUACAGGAAACAGGAAGUAACUGAAACAUUUUUACAGUCCUGAAGAGAUGGAGUCACUGCAAAUCAAGGAGGGAUGAGUCACUCAUUUUGCAUGAUUUUGCAAUAGUUUACUUCUCUCCCCUCUGCAAAUACAAGAGCUAACAGACACAACAAAAAUGCUUAACUAAAAUUGUGAAUGCCUAAUUCUUCAAAGCUAGUGACCAUUCGCUUAACCACUUUCCCAAGAUUAGCUUUUACAAAACCAGAAAAGACAGGCAAAAGUUUCCUGCUCUAACUGAAGCUCCUGGAAAUGUUAGCAUUUCUAGCUAAUUAGCUUAAUUUACUAUAUCUUAUUUACACAGGCAAGAGGCAUGGCAUUGCUAACUUUAUUAUUUUGUAAGGUUAUGGGUCACAUUAGGAAAACACCUUUUUAGAACUGGAACAUCCACCCUGUGGGAACCAAGCGGCAACCUCCAAGGCUGAAAAAUGAAGCCAACAUGGAAGUGCCAAAAAAAGUGCAGUUCCUCCAAUGACCACUUGAGUCCGGCUCCAAAAGCAAAUCAAUCCCCAUAGACUUCCGUUACGUUAAAAUGUCCAACUUUACAGCAGAAAUAAACAUGUUUACAGCCUGGUACAAAAAGCUCCUUGGGUGUCUAUAGCUUAAUUUCCUCCACCAUGACAACUGUACGGGGGUGAAUUAUUAUAUAACUCACCUGUUUAAAUUUAAUUAGAGCUUAAAGUUAUGUAUAAUUGAGAGUGUACUGCUUUGAGUGACAGGUGGGUGAGCUUAUGCUUGCCACAAACAGGCAUGAAUCAAAGUCUCAGUUCCAUUAGCGCCCCACCUUUUCCAUCUUUAGGAGGAGUCAGACAGACACUGCCAAGAUGGCGACAGUGGAGCAGCUCACUCUGAGCUUCAAAACCACUUUUCAGAAACCUGUGGGUGACUGCAUUUGACAGUGUUACAUUUGCCAAACUCAUUGGUUGUCCUCCAUCAUAAAAUAUUAUUCACUUGUAAAAGUGAAGCAUACUCUUUGGAAAUAAAAAAAACAUUAAAGCAUAAAUAUAAUCUCUA